AAUCAAAAAAAUUAAUUUUUCUCUAUAAAAAUCAACUCAAUUAGUUAUUACGGAAAGUGAAGGGCAAGAAUAAGGAUAAGAAAAUGUUAAAUGAUUGGGAUGAAGUAAAACGCUUGGCGGCCGAUUUCCAAAAAGCCCAAUUAACGUCUACGUUGCAAAAACUAUCGGAACGCAACUGUGUCGAAAUUGUUGCUUUAUUAUUGGAAAAGCAAUUGCUAGAAGUCAUAUUCACUAAUGAUGGCAAAGAAUAUAUAACACCAGAUCAUUUAGAAAGAGAAAUUCAAGAUGAAUUGUAUGUGAAUGGUGGGCGAGUCAACUUAGUGGAAGUCAGUAAAACCUUAAACGUAGAUUUAACUAAGAUUGAAAAAAUUGCUGAGAAAAUAGCUAAAGAGAACGCCAGUAUCCACUUCAUCUUGGGCCAAUUAAUUGAUGAAGAUUAUAUUACGUAUAUAGCCCAAGAGAUACAAGAAAAACUACAACAAAAGGGUGAAAUUACAGUCAAUGAUUUAACGGAACAACUUGAUUUGCCAUCGGAUUUCUUGCAACAUGAUGUUAUUGAGAAACAUUUAGGAAAGAUAAUUAAAGGACGGCAAGAUCCAACAAAUCCUCGAAACUUCUUCACCCAAUCCUAUGUACAACGUUGUAAGGCCAAGAUACGUGGAGCUCUGUCUGCUUUAACUAGGCCUACUAAUGUUUCAGUUAUAUUGCAACAAAUCAAUGUUCAACAGAAAAUCUUUCAUACCCUUCUGGAUGAGCUUAAUCCGGCUGGCUACGUUACUUCCAAAGUAGCUAAUGCUCAGUAUGUACCGCAUAUAUACGCUCGGAUGCAAAUCGAUUGGGUCAACAGUUUCUACAGGCAAAAUGGUUUUCUGGAAUAUGAGGCUCUUACUAAACUGGGUAUAAGUAACGCGAAACAAUUUAUUAACAAACAUUUGGCCGAAGAACAGUUUAUAUAUCUUAAACGUUGGGCGAUUAGUGAGAAACUUCUUGAAUUAACUAUAAUACCAUCUUUAUUGGCAACGAAACAAUACAUUGAUCUGUCUUCUAUAUUACCCAGUAAUAUGUCUACAGCCGACAAGGAAGAACUUUUUGAAAUUAUUAUUAGUAAGAAACUGAAUAAUAUCAGUAAUCAAUAUAUACUGCUGGGCAGCGAAAAAGGUUCAAGUAUAGUGUUCACGACGUCAUAUUUGGAGGAACUCAUCGAACCUUGCCGUGAAAUGGCGAGAUGCAAAGCAAAAGGUUCCGUAGAAACAGGAAUUUACCAGCAAUACCUGACUGCUAAGCUGAUGUCACAAAAAUCCUUAACUGAGACAGAAGAGGAUUCAAUGAAGCUUGAUAAAAAAGAUGAACGACGUAAAAAGGCUUCUACUGGCAAGGCUGGUGGUGGAUCACAAGGUCGUGAAACUAAAACUAAAUCUACUAAGAAGCAUGCACGUGGAGGUCCUGGUAAAAGAGGAAAUGUUGACAGUGAUGACGAGGAUAAUAAUAUUGAAUCUUUGGGUAAAGCGCGAAAGCAAUUGGAAUUAGUUACUAUGGCAGAUAUAAUCGAAAUUAUAAACAAUGAAACUCUUAAACUCAAUAUGGAAGAAUUAAAUGAAGACAUCGCAUCUUUAUGUCAUGAGCAAUUAAAUCAAUUGGCUAUGAACACUGCCCAGGAGCUAUAUGAAGCGACAUUGCAAAAAUCCGCAGCUGGUGGUGGUCGUCAAAGUCAUGCAACCGUGCAAGAGAAAAUUAAUGCUUUGCUUAUAGAUUUGCGGCUCUAUGAAAAAGGUCUUAAGCUCUUUCCCGCUAACGUUCAAACCGAAUUAAUAAAAUAUCUUUUAAAAUCAAUGGGUAACGAUAUAUGCAACGAACUGCUCGCGUAUAUUGCUAAUGAAUGCCAAAUCGAAUUAAAAAAUAAUAACCUAAAUAUGGAUCAACGUAAUAAGUUGGCUCAAGAGUGCGGAAAUUAUAAGGCACCUCUAUUGGAUUUAAAUAAAGCGCUGAGCAAAACGGUUGAUGAGUUUGUGCUGGCCACGGAGACGCUCUUAAAAAGUUGCAGCAUGAUUAUUAAGAAAGUUGAUAAGAAGAAAGAUCGUCAGUUAAUUACACAACAUCGUGAAAAGUUACUGGAACAAUUAAAACAACAAACUGAACCUGCCGUCAUACUUCAUUUAACUGCACUGGUGUUGUUCACUACAAUAACGGGAUGCAUUUUACAUGCUUCGGGUAAAUUCGUAGGGCAAAUACUAGCAUUCAUUAAAGCAUCUGUGAACGAUGAACAAAAUCGUUUAUUAAUCGAUUAUCAAGAUUUGGUUAUAAACGUAUUACGUUUAUCAAAAGAGGACGAAGAAUAUCAAAAAUCUUUAGAGCAAUUACAAGAGAUGGAAUCGCAAAUUAAACAUCUGGCCUUGAGUUUCGAAAAACCGGGCUUCGUAAAAACAGAUUAAAACUGGUCUUCAAAAAAUUAACAUUAAAAUUACUUUCUUUAAUAACUAACUGAC